AUGGCAGAUGAUAUGCCCACAUUCAAAUGCGUGCUAGUUGGUGAUGGUGGUACUGGCAAAACAACAUUCGUCAAACGACAUUUGACUGGAGAGUUCGAGAAGAAAUACGUUGCAACACUCGGCGUCGAAGUGCACCCCUUGGUCUUCCACACAAACCGUGGUCCUAUCAGAUUUAACGUAUGGGAUACAGCCGGUCAAGAGAAAUUUGGAGGAUUAAGAGAUGGCUACUAUAUCCAAGGCCAAUGUGCUAUCAUCAUGUUCGACGUAACCUCCCGUGUCACUUACAAAAACGUACCAAAUUGGCAUAGAGACUUAGUUCGUGUAUGUGAAGGCAUUCCCAUUGUUUUGUGUGGUAACAAAGUAGACAUCAAGGACAGGAAAGUCAAAGCAAAAACAAUUGUGUUCCACAGGAAAAAGAACCUACAGUACUAUGACAUCUCUGCCAAGUCUAACUACAACUUUGAAAAGCCCUUCCUGUGGUUAGCUAGGAAACUGAUUGGCGAUGGUAACCUAGAGUUUGUUGCGAUGCCUGCUCUCUUGCCUCCGGAAGUCACAAUGGACCCACAAUGGCAGAACCAAAUCGAAAAGGAUCUCAAAGAAGCCCAAGACACUGCACUGCCGGAGGAAGAUGAAGACUUGUAA